AGUGUGUGCUGAGCUGGGUGCUGGCGGCUCCGGGCACACUCAGUACCUGGAGCCCGAGGCAGCAGCUGUGGGGCAGGAUGGGGGACUGGAGCUUGCCCAUUGGCUCACUGGGGGAGGAGGUGGUGGCGCAGCUCUGUGAGCUCCUGGACACAGCCAGCAGGGGCUGGCGCAAGCUGGCCGAGGUGGCUGGGGCAGAGAAACGCUUCAAGUGCAGCGAGGAGGAGCUGGAGAUGUGCUCUCUGAAGGUGCUGGAGCCCCUCGGCAGCCCCACGCAGUGCCUCCUGCAGCUCCUGGCCGAGCGUGAGUGCACCCUCCGGUACCUGCAGGGCUGCCUGCACAGGAUGGGGCACACACAGGCCUGCCAGGUCCUCAGCAGCGCUGUCCACGAUGUGAUCCGCAUCACGGUGCAGCCGGAGUCACAGGUGGUGGCAGAGGGGACACGGGUGUCCCUGACCUGCUGGGCCAGCGGCCCGCCGGGGCUCACCUACCAGUGGUUCUGCGGAAGGCAGGAGGUGCCCGGAGCCACAGCCCCGGAGCUGAUGGUCGACACGGCCGCACCGCUGGGACUGCCCCAGUGGUACAUCUGCCGCGUGAGCUGCGGGGCCGCCUUCGCCUUCUCCAGGUGGGCUCGCAUCCAAGUGGAGAGGAGCCACAGCCGAAUCAGCCAGCGGUUACUGCCCCAGCAUGGCGGGGCUGCAGAUCCUGCAGCAGCCACGGCCGUGCCGCCUGGCCGAGGGGGACCCGCUGGUGUGGAGUGCAGAGCCCUCGGCAACCCGCCGCCGCAGUACCAAUGGUUCAGGAACCGGCGCCCCGUGGAGGGUGCGCGAGCACCACAGCUCCAGGUGCAGCUGGUGACGACAGCCGAGCGGGGCACGUACUCCUGUCGUGUGUUCAACCUCUUCCACGAGCUGUGGAGCCAGGAGGUGGACGUGGAGAUCGGCCCGCGGCUCUUUGCCUCUGGAGCCCCCUGGCAGGAUGGGGAUGGAGACUCCCCGGAGCCCGGCAGCCCCGACCAGCUGUACGCCACCGACAAAGUGGCGCUGCUGGUGGGCAACAUGCACUACGUGCACCACAAACACCUGCGGGCGCCCAUGGUGGAUGUGCACGCGCUGAGCGCGCUGCUGCGGCAGCUCGACUUCAAGGUGGUGUCACUGCUGGACCUGCGCCGGGAUGAGAUGCAGAUGGCGGUCGAUGAGUUCCUGCUGCUCCUCGACAAAGGGGUCUACGGACUGCUGUACUACGCUGGACACGGCUACGAGAACUUUGGCACCAGCUUCAUGGUGCCCAUUGACGCGCCCGGCUCCUACACCUCUGCCCACUGCCUGUGUGUGCAGCACGUACUGCAGCGCAUGCAGCAGCGCCGCACCGGCCUCAACAUCUUCCUGCUCGACAUGUGCCGCAAGAGGAACCUCAAUGACGACGUCAUCCCGCAGGUUGGGGCGCUGGAGGUGACGGCCAACAUCGUCUUCGGUUACGCCACAUGCGCGGACGCCGAAGCCUACGAGCUGAGCCAGCAGGGCGAACUCUCCAACGGUGUCUUCGUCACCUUCCUCAAGCGCUGGCUGCUGGAGGACGAGAAGAUCACUGUUCUGCUGGACAAGGUGGCCGAGGACAUGGGCACGCUGGAGCUGACGCGGGGCCGCCAGGCGCUGGAGCUGCGCAGUAACCUGUCGGAGAGGCGGGCGCUCACCGACCCCAUCCGCUCCUUGGGACAGGCCGAGACCUCCGCCAGGAACCUGCAGUGGGCGAAGGCUCACGUCCUCCCGGAGAGCCGCCACCUCCGCUUCGACUGCGGUGUCACCGUACAGCUGGGCUUCGCUGCUGAGUUCUCCAACAUCAUGAUCAUCUACACCCGCAUCCUGGCUGCCCCCGGGGACGUCACUGAGUGCGUGGCCAAGCUCACCGACCUCCCCGAGGAGCUGGACGUGGACCUGAAGUGCACCAACCGGGAGAGCCCCGAGGAGCUGGGCAGCCCCCUGGUGCCCACCUGGAGCGUCACCUGUCCGUCCUGCUGCCUCUACAGCCGCCUCUGUGGGCUGCAGAGAUUGCGGCAGGAGCUGACCUUCACCGUGUGCCUGCAGUACCGCUACCGCCACGUGGCCGACUUUGUGGAGGAGCGGCGGGCGGUGAGUGUGGGGCGGCCGCUCAUCGCCAAACUCAAUCUGAGCCCCCCGGACCCCGGCAAACUGCCCGCCUCGGGGGGGUCCGGCAGCCCCCUGUCCGCAUCGCCCCCCAGCAGCUGGGGGAACAGCCCCGAGGAGAACCUGAGCCCCGAGGUGCCCGGAUCGCACGGGGUGUAAGGGGGCACAUACAGGGCACUGCCACCCCAUAUAGAGAGCAGUAUCACCCCAUAUACAGGGCAAGGCCAUCCCAUUAUAUAUAGGGCCGCGCCACCCCAUACGUAGGGCAGUGCCGACUCAUGUGCUGGGUAGUGUUACCCCAUAUAUAGGGCAGUGCCAACUCAUGUACAGCUCAGUGUCACCCCAUACACAGUGCACUGCCAUCCCAUUAUAAAUAGGGCUAUGCCACCCCAUACACAGUACAGUGCCACCUCAUAUACAGGGCAGUGUCACCCCAUAUAUAGAGCAGUGCCACCCCAUAUUCAGGACAGUGCCAGCUACAUGUCCCCUAGCAGGGCAGUAAACCCCAUAUAUAAGGUGGUACCACUCCAUAUACAGAGCAGUGCCAGCCCCAUGUACCCUCACAGGGCAGUGCCACCCCAUAUGGACACCAUUGCGCCCCCAUGUCCCCCAGCAGCUGUGGGGCGGGCAGGGGGCCGGGUCAGGUGCUGCAGCUGAGAGAGGCGUCGCACCGAGGCGGGAUUGGGCUCAUUCAGGCCUAGGAGAAAUAGAGAGAAAUAAGCAGAUUAGGGGGCAAAUCCCGCUGGGGGGGAUGGGAGGGGGCAGCGAAGGGCUCCUGCGUGGCAGUGGGGGUAAAGAUUUUGGGGAACAAUUGAAAUCUGGGGUGGAGGGGGGGAGGAAGAAUGCCUUUCUGCUCCGAUGACGUGAGCCGGGGGCGCAGGGCGCCCGCUGCUGUGUGCCAACGCCGUGGGGCGGCCGUGGGGGCCCCUCGACCCAAUUAGGGUGGGCUAUGGGGCAGCCCCCUCCCUGCCGCCCGCCCUUUGUUGGCCGAGGGGUGCCCGGGCGUCGCGGCGGGGUCGGCGCCAACCUCUGCCAUUAUGUCAUGCGAAAAGCGCAGCCCCCAUUCAGCGCGUCCCGUCCCCCGGAUCAAACCCCAUUACUUCCGCGGCCGUUGCUUCAUUAUCUCCCGCGCCGAGCACGCCUCUGCCCGUGGCCCAUUAGCUGGGCUGGGGGGCCGGGGGAGCAUCGAUUAUGCGUUUAAUGGGUUGUUAAAGGUUUAAUUAUCGCUAACGAAGCAGACGAGCAGCAGCAGCCGGGGGACGGGGACGAGGAGCCGGGUCCCCACGGGGUCAGCGCGCAGCCCGGAUGGUGUCAUCGGGAGACCCCAAUGCCACCGCAGCCGUGGGUGCAGCUCUGCCCCGUGUUUGGCCCCAACCGACCCCAUCUGCCCCAACACGUUCCAUGUUUGGAACCCCGAAGCCCCCACGUGUGCCAUCGCCCCCGCGCCGCCCCAACAGUGCCAACCACACACCAUCCCCAGCGCCAUGGCGGGGCACCCCACCACCCGCCCUCCCAUCCCUGCUCCCAUCGGGACCCCGCUGCCCCCAUUGGGGCUGAGCCCCCCCCCCCUUCCGCCCGGCAAUUACGGCAGCUUUGUGCCACCGGCACCGCUGGAGAGCAAUUAGGGCCGGAGUGACGGCGGAGCAGAUUCCCCCUGACAAGCAGGCGGGACGCGGGCCGGGAUUCGGUCACCCAUGUGUGGGGACGGCGGCGUCUCCGUGCGGAUGUGGAGUGUGGGUGAUGUUAAGGGGGAUUUCCCCAUCGCCGAGCAGAGCAGCGCAUCCCACUCUUCUCCUUACCAGCCAUACACCCAUCUCCCGCACUGCACCCAACGCGGCUGAAAAGACAACACCCCCCGGUUGUUCCCUACGAAAACAGAGCGUUUCUGUUUGUGCAUAAAAAAAAAA